CUCAACACACACACACACCAAACUGUAUGGGAACAUGUCGCAGUACACGCUGGGAGUUCACCUGCAGAUCCUGCUGGCUGUGGGCCUGGCUGUGUUCUGCUACUGUCUGGUUCUCGGGUGCGUCCUUUGCUGUCGCAGAAGGAAGAGUGUCUCAUCAGAGGACAAGGAGGCAGUUUUUUUGUCUCCUCAUCCUGCCGAGAGGGUGACUGUGACAUUGACUCCAUCUCCAUGUACCCAACCUGUCAAGCAGCAGUAUGAGGAGCUGGACGGGGAUGUGUUGGAAUUCCCUUCCUCUAAAAGCAGCUCCUCUCCCUCUGAGGAUGACCUCACUGCUCUGCCCUUUGACCACAGCCCUACCAGAUCAGCAGAGUUGGUGCAGUCUGCUGGGUCUUCUGUUCCGAUGCGGCGCCUCAGCACCCCAGCUGUCCCCUGCACACCCAAUAAAGCUGCACGUCACAGCAGAGCCUCUCUGCCCUCCCUCACUAAGCUGAACCUGGUGUCCAGGUCCCGUCGGGCAAUGGGUCGGCGCAGCACUGUGAGCGGUGAAAGUUUUCUUUACAGCGAGAGCAGUCGACUGACUGCUGGUGCAUCCAGCGCUCCCACCCAGCAAGGAGAACCCUAUCUGUCACAGUACGGCUCUAGCUCUCUCUCCGUCUCCUCCAAGCCAGCUCCUCUACUGCAUUUCUCCUUGCUCUUCUCCUCUGCCUGUGGCACCCUGAUGGUCAACAUCCUGGGGCUCUCGGGGACCAGUCGAAGGCGCGCUGGGGUGUUUGUCCGGGUCAGCCUCCCUCCCCUCUGCCCCUCCCCUCAGCAGAUAGCCUCCCGGCGCCGCAGCCUCAGCCCAGACCUCCACAGCCAGAGCUUUGUGCUGCAGGUGGGCUCUUUGGAAGAUCUGCGCACCUGCACUUUGAGACUUGCUGUCUACAGCAGGGACUUCUCAGGCCUAAGAGAGGCUGCGCUGGGUGUGGUGGAACUGCCCUGUGAACAAAUGGAUUGGGAGCCUGACACCACCACCACCUACACCAGGCAGCUCGUCCCAACGAAAACCAAGCUAAAAAAGAGUGUGAGUUCUCAGGAAACGCUGGGUCACAGGAAGAACUCGAUGUGUGUGCCGCGGGCUUUGGGCCAGCUAUUCAUCCUGCUGCAAUACCAGACGCUGGCCCAGCGCAUAAAGGUGAUGGUCCGAAAGGCUGAGAAUCUGGCCAAGCUCACACGGAUCCCAGGAGCUCCAGACCACUAUGUUGUCAUCAACCUGUGUCAGGAUGGGAAAAUAAUAGGUACCAAGGAGACCAAAGGGGCCAGCGGUCCAAAUCCAGUCUGGAAUGCUCCCUUCCUGUUUGACGUGCCCUCUGGUGACAUCACUCAGCUACCACUGGUGCUGGAGUUUAUUGUCAUGCAGGGCCGCCUCUACACCAAGAGCAGUAUUCUGGGUCGGGUGUUGAUUGGCAACAACGUCUCAGAGGCGGGACAGGGACACUGGAAGGAAAUGUGCAGUCGGGGGCAAAUAGAGACGGCUCGCUGGCACACCAUCCAAUCAGAUUUGCUGUAGGACUGAUUGACAAACUGUGGGACUGUCCCUCCGCCACCCAGUGAGAGAAACGCAUAGAGGUGACGUUAGGUGGGAAUAACAUGCAACUGGGUUUCACACACUUUGAAGUAUUUCUUUAUGGUCUUAUUUUUAUUCUGUUGCAGAUAUUGGUAGCUUUGAUGACUUUAACAACAUAUGUUCAUGAAUCAAAUAAGUUUCAGUGUUCAUGCUGUUUUAGGGAGAGACAAAUCAAAUAUCCAGAUGGUCCAUGAGUAUCUACAGAGCUUCAGAAGGAGAGACAUUGAUCACUGCGUGGAGGAGGGAUGUGCAGCAGCUUUCUCCAUAUCAACAGUAUUCUGCAUCCCGACAUUGCCUUUGUGAUUAUUUCCACUGUGACUUCUUAUAUCUGUAUAACUGUAUCAUAUUGGUUGUAUGCAACCUGUGCUGAUGUUGUGGUGGUGUUUGUAUUGUGCCCAGAGGCUACAAAUGUUAGUGUGGAAAGUUACGGAGCAUAUUCGGUAUGUUACCACUCUGCUUGUGGUUUGCUGUGGUGUGUUACUAUGCCAGUAUUUGUCCACGUACAGUACUGUAAACACCUUAGGAACAUGUACCAGUGACAUGUCUGCUGAGUUAUAGUUUUUUUUUUGUUGUUGUUGUUGUUUUUUAGGACUGGUAAAUUUUGGUCUCUUUUCAUACAUAGGAAGCUACAAUAACAUGUGGGUUCACAGAUACCACAGCUCAGUUCUGGAUAUAUACUUAGAUGGUUUUAACAGUUCUAUAAUAGCUACAACUUUAUUCAACAAUAAUGCAAAACAGAUGAUUGUGACCAAGCAGCAGCAUUACCAAAUAACAUGACUGACUGUCAUACACUUCGCAUACACUGUUGCUCCUUUGCUAUUGGAUUUUAUUAUUAAACACAACCUGCAGCAGUGUGUCAAUUUUUGUCUUAUGAUUCCUCACAUUACAAGAGAAGCCUCAGUGAAGAAUAACCCUAAACAUAAUUGCAUGAUGACUUCAGCAUGGACUGACAACUUUCUCUGCAGUCACUGGAACAUUGUAAAAUAGAAACUGAAAUAUAUGUGGCCAAUUUUAGACAGACUUGCACAGCAAAUAUAAGGCAGUCAAAAACCAACAAUGAAUUAAACCAUCCAUCAUUCUCAAGUUGGAAAAUUAAAUUGGAAAAUAUUAAAAUAAUAUUAUUCAGUAUGAAUAAAAGGAGCACUGUCAGUCCUAUUUUCAGCCACAAGACACAUUAAUAUUACACCUUCAUUUUAGGGGUUAAACUAACAUUUGUCUGGCCUAUUGUCAGCAUUAAAAACGACUGCAGCUCAAGGGGUAACGCCACAGUGUCCAGACUAAAGAUGUAAGAAAAAUGUGUUAAUAACACACUCAUUUCAGUAUUUGAGAAACCAACACUAACAAAGCAAAAGGGGUUUUAACAUAACAAUUCUUAACAUCUCAACAUUUCGUCACAUAAAACAGUGACAGAAAAAUCUAUUAUGUGUUAAUACUAACAUAAUUUUUUGGGGGUUUCUAGAAAGGUUUAGUUGUGUUUGUAUUUAUACUAUAUUGACCAUGUUGAUGCCUGCUGGUGGCAUGUAUUGUCUUACCUGUAUAUGAAUGCCUUUACUUUUAAAAGGGAACAGCUUCAGAAUUCCUUUAAUUGAUAUAUAAAGGAAUUUUGCCAAAGAUGUGGAUUUUAUUGCGUUUUUUUUUUUUUUCAAUGUAUUUCUUUGAAAUAUGCCUAUUCUAUUGCUGGAA